GGAGGAGUGUAAUUGACCUUUAAAAUAAAAACAAUGUCGGCUGUGCUUUGGUGGCCUUGGUAUAAAACACCAUGGUCUAGACAAAACCACUCAUCUAUGAUAUUUAUUUUGAUGAACAAAAUAAAAAUAAAUCAUUUAUAUUAAAAUUGCAACAUUGAAUUAUACACAGAAGAAGAACAAUGCUACUUGACUUAAAUAUCGACCAGGAAGCGUCUAUGCCGUUACACAUUAUACUGUAUUUUAGCUGUUGUGGAUAUCAUUAGCUUACCGGCCCCUUCAUCAACCUAAUAAGAAUGCGUGACGUUAUUGCGGUGUGGCUCUGGCGUUCAGCCUAAAGUUAAUUAUUGGAAGAAAACGAUAGAGCCACUGUAGAGCCAUAACAGUUUUAAAAAACGUAGUGACCUUGACAUUUUUAUUAUUUUGUUUGUAUCUUUCCUACUCAGCCGUUUGAAUAAAAGAAAAGCUGGGCUUAGAGGAUAUAAAAUAAGUAGUUCGCGAUGGAGCAUCACUCAUGGAUAUUAUAUAUAUCCAUGGCAUCACCACAUCAUUGCAAUCCAUAUACAUAAAAUAAUUCCAUCAGCCAAAACCUUAAUUUUAAAAUCAUUCCAUCAAACGUUUUUUAUUGAAAACAUAUAUAUAUAUAGAAUAUCGAAAGCAUACAUAGAUUAAAAUUGAAAAAGUUUUAUUAUAAUAAAAUUUUGAAAAAAGAUAGCCUUACUUAUUACAGGAAGUGGCGUAUAUGAAAACUAGUUGUUUUUCUUAUUUGAUGAAAAUUAGAUAUAAAAUAAGUAGCAAAAUGUAUGAUUUUUAACGUUUAUUAUAAAAAUAUUAAUAUCGACAUAAUCUCUCUUUAAUUUACCAUCUCCAUUUUUCCAAAAAUUGAAAUGGUUCAAAAGGACGAUAUGUGUGCAGCCUUUAAGUCCCUUCGUAGCGUCGACCGAAUUGAGAUAUUGUGCGGGAUGUUGCAACUUUGUGUUCCGCUCGAACUCAGGUUCAUCGGCUCCUGCCUGGAAGACCUCAUUCAGAGAAAUUAUAGAGCUUUCUAUGAAUGCGAAUCUGCUGUUAACGACCCCGUCAAAUUAAGCGAAAUUUUAAAAAUUAAGAAUGUCAUAAGCCGUGAAUAUUGUGGAACGUUGAACAUGUAUUUAUCCCUUUUACGUUCUGAUAACCAGUCAUGUUCACUGUCGUUAUACAGCUUGUUAAACAAUUUAAAGGAGUGUGUUGAUUUGCAAUGUGAAAGCAGUGAUUCUCUGUCCUCCAAUGUCACCAAUGAACUCAUUGAAGAUGUGAUAUUGUUAUUCACAAUGGCAUCCUACCAUCCUGCUUUUUCUGUAAGCCAGAGGUCGAGAAUGUACACAUUGUGUAAGUCACUGAGAGAGACUUUGAAAGGAGCCCAUAAUCAAAAUAAUUUGACUAAAUGUCAGCUGAUAUUUAAUGAUAAUGAAACUAGUUGUAAAAGUCAUGACUCCAUAGUUGAAGUGUCAGUUGAGCAGUUUAAUUAUGACAACAACCAGCCUAAUCAUGUCAGCCAAUUACUCAUCUAUAUUCAUAGGACAAAUUCAACAGAAUCAAAACUAUGGAAAACCAGAAAUGAGUUCUUUACGUUUCAUUCUGAUUUAUUAAGAAGUUUCCCUGAUGUCGUUUUUCUUCAUAAAUAUGAUUCCUCAUUCAAUUCAGGUGAAAUCAUAGAUGAAAGUAAUGCCAUGAAACAAUAUUUCAAAGAAUUAUCAUCAUUGAAGGACAUGUUGUACAGUGAUGUGGUUUUCAACUUCAUCCAGAACUCAUCUAAGGUGCAGCAUGAAGUAUCUUCAGCUGAAACUAUUGAUGUGAUCAAUCAGACAGGUGAAGAUGGAAAAAAUCAAAUCUCAAGAAAUGAUCACGAGGUUGAAGAUGACGAUGAAGAAAACCAACUGACCAUCUGUCCUACCAGUAUUGACAAACAAACUAGCAUUAUUUGCACCAGCAACUUAUUUAAUAACGUAGUGACCACUGACUCAGUUGUCACAAGUGGAAAUGAGAGCAAGAGCAGCAGUACCCCACACAGCAGCACAGCCACUUCUCCCAUCCAAUCUCCACAUCCGCCAUUUACGUCGGGCCCUGAAGAAGUUUUGUUUGAUAAUGAUAAUGCAUUUGUAAAUGACGUUUCAGACAACAACACACCUGCUUAUGAUAAUGCUCUUCACAUCUCUGCCAGUAAUUUUCUCCCACCAAUCACACAUGAUAAAUCACACCAAGAGAUGAAAUGUUGUGAGGAGGUAGAUUCUCAACUUCUCAUGUCUAAAAUUGCUGUACCAUGCCCUGAAGGCGGUAUUACGCCCAAUUUUGUAUUAAAUACACCUUUGUACCUGUGUCCAUUGGCCUGUGGGGUAGGAACAGGUGCAGGCGAUCAACCUUUGAAACAUCAUUUCAACUGUUCCAAAUUUGAACAAUCAGAAACGUCUCCUUUUCUAAAAAAUCAUUCGUGCAAUGGACUGCAGCAAACAGUAUCCAGCAUUGUAACAUCAGAAACAAUGGCUCCAGCCAUUGCCAACCCUGUGCUCAGUCGAAUUGAUGCUCAGUAUCAAUUUGCUUCAGCUAUAAAAUCUCAUCACAGUGCGAUGCCUUUAAUGUCAGAACAACUUCUGCAGACAACAUUCACAACAGUAACCACAACAGCUAAUGUACGCGGACUUCGGCCAAUAUUGGGAGCAUCUGUAAACCAGUUACCUGAUAAUGCAUUUACAGACGACACCAAAGGUUCUGCUCCUAAUUCAUCAAAAUCAGAUUUAAAAACUUCACACACAACAGUUAUUACAUCAACAUUACCUAGACCUUCAAGUUGUGGUUGCAUUUUACAACAUGAUCAUGAUCAAAGUAAUAAUUUUUCGUCUCCAGCAGACAUGAAUUUUUCAUUUGCUAACGUGUACACACCAUAUCCAACCAACUAUAUUUUUGGAGCAGCAGUUUGGAAUAAUGGCUUGGACGCAUGUUUGUUGCCACCACCAGGCACCAUACCACCUUAUAAUCAAUCUAUAGAUCAUAGUCACUCCUCGCAUAACUUUUCACUCAAUAACAUACAUCCAACAUCGUACAUACAGACUAAUUCUCUAUCUACAGCAUCAAAUAGUUCAAGUACCACCCCCUCUAAUUCAAUUUUUUCACCAUAUUCUUUCAACAUAUGGCCUCAUCCUCAAAUGUACUUCAGAAGUAAUGGCUUCGUUAAUCCCAGAUAUCCUCCUCCACCAGCGCCAAACUUUCGAGGCAAUUUCUAUUUACCACCGCCAUUAGAUUUUGCUCCAUAUGCAAAUCCACACAAUUUUCCACCUCCAACAAUUCAGUCGGUGCCUUCAAAUUUACCUGGUGUACCAAGUCAGCCAUCUGAAAACCACCCACAGAGUUGCUGCAAUUGUGGAACAAUUGGUCAUACAGCUGAGUCUUGUACUGAACCAUUUAUGAUCUCUGUAGGCCAACAAGCCCAAUUCAAAUUGAGAACAGUUCCUAAAUCGCUGGCUUCACAAUCUUGAUGCAAAAAGAAGAGGCGUUUCAUCAAGUUAAUUAAAGUACUGUAACAUGUAUCAUUUGCGCUAACAAUGGAAACCACCUUAAAGAACUAAAGAACAUUUAUUGACAAUCGUUGUUCUGGCUGCUAAUUUGCGUUUGUAAAUAUGCGCUUGUAAAAAUUUAAUAUUUACUGUUGUAUAUUAUAACAGGAUUUGUAUUGUAUAUUGAAAUAGCAACUGCGUUUUUGUAUUUAACUGUUCUUGUAUAAAUUAUCUCGCCUGUAGCACUUGUUAGGAUAUCUUCAUACUAACGAAACGACUGAAUUGUGUAAUUACGUACAUAACUGCGUUUGGUAACAUUUCCGCGUUACAAAAUAAUUUGUUAACAUCUUGAAUAAUAAUUUCUGAAUUAUGUGUUUUUUCAUGUUGGAUUUUCACAGUUUUCACCCAUCAGAUUUUCAUGGAAGUGUUUUGAAAUUAUUAAGAUUAUCAGAUUAUCCUGUCAGCGUUGAUAUACAAUUCGUUACCGGUUCUCAAUUCUAGAUGUCACUUUUUAACUUCCUGCAAACAAUUCAUUGAUAUGUUUGUUGCUCUUAAAAGUGAAUUAUUUGAGAAUCUGUUUAAAUGUGUCCCAUCAUGUAAAACGGAUUGUCGAAAUCCCAU